AUGAAGAGGCUGCUACUUCUGCUGGGCCUGGUGGCCCUCUCUGAGUGCCUGUACAAGGUCCCGCUGGUGAGGAAGAAAUCUCUGCGCCAGAACCUGAUAGAGAAUGGUCUGCUGCAGGAUUUCCUUGCCAAGCACAACAUCAACCCCGCCAGCAAGUACUUCCCCAACGAGGCUGCCACUGAGUUGGCUGACCAGCCUCUGGUCAACUUCAUGGAUAUGGAGUAUUUCGGCACCAUCGGCAUCGGGACCCCCCCUCAGGAGUUCACUGUCAUCUUUGAUACCGGCUCCUCCAACCUGUGGGUGCCCUCAGUCUACUGCUCCAGCCCUGCCUGCUCCAACCACAACCGCUUCAACCCCCAGAAGUCUUCCACCUUCCAGUCCACCAGCCAGACCUUGUCCAUUGCCUAUGGGACCGGGAGCAUGACCGGUGUUCUGGGCUACGACACCGUCCAGGUCGCCGGCAUCGCUGACACCAACCAGAUCUUCGGCCUCAGCCAGACCGAGCCGGGCUCCUUCCUGUACUACUCACCUUUCGAUGGCAUCCUGGGGCUGGCCUACCCCAGCAUUGCCUCCUCCGGGGCCACCCCUGUCUUUGACAACAUGUGGAAUCAGGGCCUGGUCUCCCAGGAUCUGUUCUCUGUCUAUCUGAGCUCCAAUGACCAGAGCGGCAGUGUGGUGAUGUUCGGUGGCAUCGACUCCUCCUACUACACUGGAAACCUCAACUGGGUGCCCCUGUCCGCCGAGGGCUACUGGCAGAUCACCGUGGACAGCAUCACCAUGAACGGACAGACCAUCGCCUGCAGUGGGAGCUGCCAGGCCAUCGUGGACACUGGAACUUCACUGCUGUCUGGUCCCAACAAUGCCAUUGCCAACAUCCAGAGUUCCAUCGGAGCCAGCCGGAACGCCAACGGCCAGAUGGUGGUCAGUUGCUCAUCCAUCCAGAGCCUGCCAGACAUAGUCUUCACCAUCAAUGGCAUCCAGUACCCCUUGCCUGCCAGUGCUUAUAUCCUGAAGAACCAGCAAGGAUGCACCAGCGGCUUCCAGGGCAUGGACAUCCCCACCCCAUCUGGCGAGCUCUGGAUCCUGGGUGAUGUCUUCAUCCGCCAAUAUUUCGCCGUCUUCGACAGGGGCAACAACAGGGUGGGCCUGGCACCCGUGGCCUAA